AUGUUCGGUAAACCCGUCGAUCUGGAUGAUGCCCUACAGUCCCAGGCUUGGGGUUCGAUGACAGUCGCUAUCCUUAUGGAUGAGCUGAAGGUGAAGUCUGAGGCUGUUUCGAGUUGGUGCGUCGUGAGUGAAACCCGAUGCUGGGAAACCUGGUUUGCGAAGCGAAGCCUGGAGGGCUUGUUGUUCUUCGAGGAGCCGGCAGUUUGUUGGCUGGGUUCGCGGAGUACAGUUCUCUGGGAUUUAGUGAUCGUAAAAUGGCCUCCAGACUCUGGAUCCCUGCUGGCAUUGUUCUUCUUUGUGGUGAAAACUCUCAACUUGGACUUCAUCACGAAUAGGAAUUUCUCGGCGUUUUCGAGGACCAGGAUUAUGUAUGCGGCUUGUGUCGGAGGAAUCCCGAUUCCCGCCAGAUCAGUUCAGGAGCUUUUGAAUGAGGUCGCAGCUUAUCCAAAUAACAUUCACACCUACGAUACCGUUGCGCAGGUGGCGAUGUUGUUGCAAUGUGUGCUGAAGAACGCAGAAUCGGAGAGUGUCGCUGAAGCCGUGUCCGGGAUUUUGGAUGAUUUGGUGUUGAACUUGACGAAAGCUGCGGACAAUUUGAAUUUUUUGAGCGAUACCUCAGUGUCUCUAAUAGUCCAGGCAUUGAUGUGUGUGCCAGACAGAGAAGGACACAAAGCCGCCCUCCUGGAACCUUUUCAGAAGAGGAUGCUUCAAAAUCAAAAGGCUGAUGGAGCAUACGAUGAUAACGUGUUGACCACGGCCCACAUUCUCACUGGACUGGCUAGAGUUUGCCUGCUCGAUCUGCGCUCUCAACAUUGCGAUUUCAACGGAGAUACGCCUACUGAACCUCCCGGGUUUGACGUGGACAGGGGAAAUGAAACUGUGGUCCUCGUUUCUGCCAAUUUUACGAUUUGGAUUGGUCUCACAGUUGAGCUUGCGUACAGUAAAAUUGUGACGCUGAGAGAGAAUAGUACCAUGUACCAGCUCAUGCGGAUUGCUGCUGAAAAUGAUCCGCGAUUCGAAUUUGCUGCGUAUGACUUUCCCUGGGGUCGGUACAUUCACAACAUCGGUGGUAUCGAGUUGCAGCACGAGGGCUAUCAUUACUGGCUAAUGUACACUCUUCCGUUUCCUCCAGAUCCUAAAAAUCCACCACCAACAUCAUUUAUAGGAGCUGAUGGCGUUGAUGAUCUGGUCAUCAAGGAUGGAAUGAACAUUCUCUUCUGGAACAAGCCGAUUUGAAGGAAUCGCCAGGUUUUGGACGAUAUCAUUCUGGUUUCUUGAUUUCAAAAUCCAUCUGCCGAUUGAGGAUUUCCAGUGUCACUUUUUUUCCUUGCGAAGCUUCGGUGAUGAUUGUCAUUGAUAGAUGCAAUGAGAUUUUCAAGUACAGUAUUCAGGAAGUCACUGUGAGGCAUUUGUGUGCAUCGAAGUGCAUAUAAAUCUGUCAUUUCUUAUAAAGUGCACGAAGUGUCAUUCGUUUGAAGGAUUUCCGCAUGAACUUCAAGGAGGUGCAUUGGAACUGCCGAGCCAUUUAAGGAACAGGACAAAAUGCUCACAAGUCACCAGCUCUGGUCAGAAUCUUGGGACUGAAUUAUUCUUUCGGAAAUGUGCACCAGUUUUUUGGUUGAGGUGUUGUUCUACUUUAAAAUAUUCAUUUUCUUCAGCAGUUUUACUAGUUUUGUAGGAAAAACCCGUCUUGGCAACGAAUGAUCCGUGCAGUUCUUCAUCAGAUAAAAUAAUUUGGGAAAAAUAUAAUGAUUCAAUAUAAUUUAUUUAUCGAGAAGAUACGCUUGAAUUCAUUGCUAUGAACUUGGAUACAUUUUUCAGAGAGCUUCUCCCUGCAUUGUGUUGCUGCUAAAACCUAAAAAUAAUUUUAUGUAGAAGAAGUAAUCGUGAGGGGAAUUAGAAAACUAUUUCGUGGAGGGGAUACUCCGACUCCUCCGAUGGAAUAGAGUAUUUUGCGCCGGGAUUGAAUUCAGAACAGUCGCGUUUUCGGGAAGUUGAACCGAUGGGUUUGGAUGAUCAGGAAGUACAGCGACUUGGAAAGAAACGCGUUUGCGUCGAAAGUAUUUCGUUCAUUAUUGCAGCUUGAUGACUCGCGGUUAUUGUGGACGCGAAUUGACUGCCAGGUGAUGUUGACAAGUCCUUUUAUCUGUGCACUGAGUUUAUUGACGUGGUUGCCGUGGGAGCUCAGUGUCCCAGAGUUGGAAAUAUCUUUCGUUGCGACGCUCAGAUUUUUCUCUCCCCACCUCGUGAUCACUUUCAUUUCAGCUCCUUGCGAUUGAAUUCAGUGAAACGUUCAGAUCUGCAGUCCGGAGCUGGGAAAAAGAAAAUUGGCACAGUUUCGUCGUGUUGCAUUGCAGGUUUUAGUGCAGUAGAUUCCUUUUGCACAGGGUGUCCAAAACCUGGCUGCAUUGACAUCAGAGAUAAGAUAUCUGUCGGUCGUUUACCAGGGUUUUCAUUUUUCCGAUCUGAUGAAACAUUUCCGGCGAUGGAUAUUCUAGAAAUUUGCGAUUCUAUUUACAAAUUCACUUUCAUUGAAACUUCAUCGCUACUCAUCAGUAACUUUCUUGUGUGUGACGAGUUUUCUCUGUCUCACCGGUGUAAGAAGUGUUAAAAAACUUGCUGAAUCUUUUUUUAUGUUGAGAACACGUAGCGUGAAGGAUGUUUUUUUCAACUGAACAUGUUACUAAUGAAACUUUUUCAUUCGUGAAAGUUUUUUGAAAUUUCAGUGAUG